AGAGGUAGAGGUAGUCCAUCGUAUGUAUGGAAUUAUUCGUGCAUCGAAUCCCUUCCACUUCCGUACCCUUUGUUCUUGAAAAGUAAAAAGUCUUAUGGGGACAGAAAAAGGCAGACGAAAGUCUACCUCUGUGCCUCAACAAGAGAGUAAAGUGAAUGGCUAGAAUUGAUGAUUACAGCGAAUGACCGAUCCCUCUACUAAGAUCAAAACCCAACCACUUAGUUGAUUUUCACAGGCUCUGCGAAGUAGACGAAGAACAUCAGGAAGGGUUCAAUGGGUCGGGUUCUCUCCGGCGUAAUCAGAUGUAUAUGUGGUGAAGUAGACGAUGAAAAUCCAAGUGAGUCAUCCCAUCAAGUUUUUCUGGCAAGUCAGGUAUCAAGCAAUAAUAGUUGUCCAUUGCUUCAACCCCCACUGUUUUCUCCACCCUCCAUUGACUCUUGCAGUGAUUCAUGUCCGGUUCUUACAUUGAACCCUCCAUUUAUUGUAAGCAUACAUGGGGAUUCAAUCACAAACGAUGCUUUCUAUGAUCAAAAGCAGCUAGAUUUUCGACGGUGCUUGGACGACUCACACAGUGACCCAAGCACAAAUGGUGUAUUUUUCCAAGUUCUUAGUUCAGCACCAAGCUCUGUGACACUGAGCGAUUCACCAGGAUUAAUUGAGUCACUGAGCGACUCAAGCGAACUAGGGUUUUUGAGCAGAAAUUAUUGGAAUGCUAUGGCAAACAUCCAGAACUUAAGGAGUAGAGGGUGCAAGGUCAUGCAUGGAGUAGAUGCUACUGAAAUGGCAAACAAUUUCUUGUUCAAGGGAGAGAUAUUUGAUCGCAUAAUCUUCAAUUUCCCUCUUGCUGGCUUCUUCCCGAAUGAAUCACGCGAAGCCCAGCAAAGCCGACACAAAAGACUUGUAGGCCUGUUUCUGGAAAAUGCUAGUGAGAUGAUCAGCGAAAAUGGUGAAAUUCACAUUGCCCACAAGUCAAAUGGCUUCUUCCGUGAAUGGAACUUACCACUUUUGGCAUCUAAAUGCGGCCUUCUACUUAUAGAAGAGCAGCAUUUCGAUUUCGCCGAUUAUCCAGGAUACAGAACCAAAUACGGGUUUGGUGGCAACAGAAAUUUUCACAGCUAUCCUAGCAAAAUUUACAAAUUUGGACUUUGGAACUGCCAAAAAUUCAGCUUGUAAGCUAGCUGCAGAAUUAUGAUAUGACUUGCUGCAAGUUUCUAUGAUGAAAUGGUGUUAAUGAUAGGUUACAUUAUACUCGAGAACAUCGGGGGAAUUGUCUCCUGGUUGUAUGAUAUUGCUAUUCCCUCAUACCAACCACAACACAACAUAAUGAAACCAUAUAAUUUUGG